GCGUGUCUUGGUCGGUGUAUUUGGUCCGCCAUGUGGCUGAGAACAGCAGUGUUGUUAGGUGUUGUGGGACACAGAGGAAUCGUGAGAACCAUGUGUGCCCAGGUGGGAGACUGGCAAAGUGCCAAAUCCAUCUACGAGUUCUCUGCCAACGACAUUGAUGGGAAUGAGGUGUCUCUUGAGAAAUACAGGGGGAAUGUCUGCAUCAUUGUAAAUGUUGCAUCCAAAUGAGGCAAGACCAAAGUAAACUACACUCAGCUAGCGGGAAUGCACGCCUCGUAUGCUGAGAAAGGUUUGCGCAUCCUCGGCUUCCCCUGCAACCAGUUUGGAGGACAGGAACCAGGGACAGAUGCUGAGAUCAAAGAGUUCGCCAAAGGAUACAAUGCAGAGUUCGACCUCUUCAGUAAGAUUGAGGUGAAUGGUGACAAUGCUCACCCCCUCUGGAAGUGGAUGAAGGCACAACCUAAAGGAAAGGGGUUUAUGGGAAAUAACAUCAAAUGGAACUUCACAAAGUUUCUUAUAAACAAGGAGGGGCAGGUGGUGAAGAGAUAUGGCCCAACAGAUGAUCCAAGUGUGGUGGAGAAGGACUUGCCCGAAUACUUAUAAUGCUAACCUCCGUCCUAUGUGAUUAAGUGACUCCUGACCUUCUGCAUGGACUUCAGGGUUUUUGUGUGUGUGUGCCUGGACCAGUGACGGCACUGCCUUUAAACCCAUCAUUGGGAGGGGCAGAGCCUGAUGUUUCCAAGCGUGCAACUUAUCUCCAGAGCCCAUUCACGCAAACCUUGAAUCACCAUAUAAGAGGACAUUCACUAGUUAGCCAAAUUAGAGACAGUUCAUGUCAUACUUAAACCUCAAUAGUCAUUCCUUUUCCUAAUAAGAAUGUCAGCAAAACCUGUUUUGAGUUAAAUACGUUUAAUGUUGGUGUUAUGCAAUAUCACAAACCCCAUUAAUUGCACAGGUUUAUUUAAAGCUACUGAUAAUGUUGUUGCACUGGACAAAAAGUACCAUUACAUCAAGCUUGUAUGCAUUGAAAUUGAGGAAAUAAAGGCUGCCUUGCA